GAGCCGGGCGACGGUACGCGCCUGGGCUGAGGAACAUGGACUGCGCCCGCCUCUGGCUAGGGCUGUUGCUGCCUGUGGUAGCUGCGCUGGACUUCAGCUACCACCACCAGCCAGAGAUGGAAGCGUUCCUGAAGAGUAUUACCCAAAACUACAGUUCUAUCACUCACUUACACAGUAUCGGGAAAUCUGUGGAAGGCAGAAACCUGUGGGUUCUUAUUGUGGGACGCUUCCCAAACGAACACAGAAUCGGGAUUCCAGAAUUCAAAUACGUGGCAAAUAUGCAUGGAGAUGAGGCUGUAGGGCGGGAACUGCUGCUCCAUUUGAUUGAAUAUCUCGUAACCAGCGAUGGAAGAGACCCUGAAAUCACAAAUCUAAUUAAUAGUACCCGGAUACACAUCAUGCCUUCAAUGAACCCAGAUGGAUUCGAAGCUGUUCUAAAGCCUGACUGUUUUUACAAUAAGGGAAGGGAAAAUAGUAACUUCUAUGACCUGAAUAGAAAUUUCCCCGAUGCUUUUGAAUUUAAUAAUGUACCAAGGCAGCCUGAAACUGUGGCAGUCAUGAAGUGGCUGAAUACAGAGACAUUUGUCCUUUCUGCAAACCUCCACGGUGGUGCCCUGGUGGCCAGUUACCCAUUUGAUAAUGGUGUUCCAGCCACUGGAACAUUAUACUCUCGGAGCUUAACCCCUGAUGAUGAUGUUUUUCAAUAUCUUGCACAUACCUACGCUUCAAGAAAUCCCGACAUGAGGAAAAGAAAUCCAUGUAGAACUAAAAUAGAGUUUCCUGGUGGAAUUGUAAAUGGAUACUUUUGGUAUCCACUCAAAGGUGGAAUGCAAGAUUACAACUACAUCUGGGCCCAGUGUUUUGAAAUUACGUUGGAGCUGUCAUGCUGUAAAUAUCCUCGCAAGGAGAAGCUUCCAAGCUUCUGGAACGAAAACAAAGACUCACUGAUUGACUAUAUAAAACAGGUGCACAUAGGUGUAAAGGGUCAAAUUUUUGAUCAGAAUGGGACUCCAUUACCCAAUGUAACUGUAGAAGUCCAAGACAGAAAACAUGUCUGCCCCUAUAGAACCAACAAAUUUGGAGAGUAUUACCUCCUUCUCUUGCCUGGGUUCUAUGUAAUAGAGGUUACAGUCCCUGGACACGAUCCACAUCUCACAAAGGUGACUAUUCCCCCAAAAUCCCAGAACUUCAGUGCUCUUAAAAAGGAUAUUUUACUUCCAUUCAGAGGGCAAUUGGAUCAUAUCCCAGAAUCAGAUCCUUUAUGUCCUAUAAUUCCUCUCUACAGAGAUUUGCAAGGCCACUCAGCUGCAACAAAGCCCAGUCUGUUCUUAUUUUUAGUGACUCUUUUUCACAUAUUGUUCAAAUAAAGCAAAAUGUGAAACUCAACCCCCAUCACCACCUGGAAUCAGGGCUUACUCAUGCCAGGUUACUGCAACUCUAACUCCCUCUGUGGAACCUUGACUGGAUAAACUCCACGGUCCUUCCCUAAGAAGAGAAAUGUUUGUUUCCAAAUCCUGCAACAAGCAACGUAUGGUGAUAAUGAAAGGAAUGAUUUAGUCUUAAUGAUGGAAGACACCUACCCAUCAAGUACUGCUCACUUACACUUAAUCUUGAAGUAGUCUUAGAAAUUUGUAAGAAGUUAAACUUGAGAAGCAUGAAAGAAGUUCCUGCAAGAAAAAAAAGGAGGUAAUUUUGUAUACAGAGAGCCAUUUGAAUAUAAGCAAUGAAGAUGAACAUUUAUUGAUCACCUACUAUAUACAAGACCUUGCCAUGUGUACUAUAUGUGAAGAGGUAGUGCCAUAUAUAAUUUUCAGUGCAGGGAAAAAUGAUGAUAAGACUGGGAAUAUUAAGUUUUGCCAACGUUCUAAGGAAAUAUGAGCGAAAACAAGCAACCACGUCUCAGUGGCCCAAGAAAAUAUGGACCUGAUGGGAUGACAAAUUUGUCUACAGAGCCCUGAAAUAAUAGGUCAAUUAAGGUAAGGGUCCCUGCCUUUCUGCAGCCAGAUGCCACAGUCUUCUGUUAUGCUGAUGACCCCCAAAUGCCUGAGCUUCAGACUCAGGUCUGACUGCCCACUGGACACAUCUACCUGGAUGUGACCCAUAGAUACCUCAAACUCAUCAUGUUGAAAAAUUGAACAUACUUCUCUCCCCAGAGCUGCUCUUCCUCCUGCAUUCUCUGUCUCAGUUACUGAUAGCACCAAACUAGAAACCUGGGAGUCACCCUUGAUACCUCCUCCUCCUCCUCCAUCCCAUCUAUUCAGUCAGUCACUAAAGAUUGAUGUUAUUUGUAUGUGUUGAUUGAUUCUACCCUCUCUUCAUGGCUACUAACACCACCAGGUUUAGGCCAUCAUAGCUCACCUGUACCACGGCAACUGGUCUCUCUCUUGCUUCCAGCUCUCUCCUCUUCAAAUCCAACCUCCACACAGCACUGGGGAAAGGGGUCUAUUUAAAACAAAAAUCAGCAAUCAACUGCUUGUAGUUCCUACACACAUAACACGCUGUGUGUCCCCUGUGUCUGCAAUGCCAUUCUGACCCACUACAUUUUCUUUCCCACUCCUCCUUUAAAACCCAGUUCAGGUGGUUUAAUGGGUACAGAGUUUCUGUUUGUCAUGAUGAGAAAGUUCUGGAAAUAGUGAUGAUGGUUGUACAACAUUGUGAAGUAUUUAAUGCCACUGAAUUGUAUACUCAAAACUGGUUAAAAUUGUAAAUUUUAUGUUAUGUAUAUUAUACCACAACAAAAAAAGAGGAUAGUGACUAUUAAAUAUUAAAAUAAUGCUUCAUUAGGUGCUUCGUAAUAAUGUACUCUACAAAGUGAAAGCUCCAAGGCAUACAUGCUGUGUAAAUUACAUAUCUUACUUAGGUGAAACUCCAACAGAAACAAAGACUAGUCUGUUAAAGAGUAAACAAGUAAAAUAUAAAGAUCAAUGAUGAUUCCCUUAAAAAAAAAAAAGUUCAGGUAUCAACUCCUCUGGGAAACCUUUGCUGACCAUUGUCCCAUUCCACUCAGUUUCACCCCCUCCCAGUCAAUCUGGGGGCCCUGCCUCUUUGCUCCUCAAAUUAAACAGGUUACCUCUGUUGUGGGAUUUAUAACACUGCAUUAUACGCUUCUAUUUCCAUGAGUGAUUUUCUCUGGCAGAGUGUGAGGUCUCUGAGACCAGGGUCUAUUUAAUUUGUUUGAAAAACUUAUUCUAAAUCCUAUCACAUGGUGAGACCUGAAUGAAUGAACCAAGUGCUCCAGCAAACUGCUGCUCUUAAAACAUUAUAUGCAAGAAUUAAUUAGGGGAGGUGGGGAUAUCAAACAAACAGCAGACCAGCAACUCUGGGGAGCAGGUUUCUGAGUGCUGUGUAUUGCUCAUGAAAGCGAGUUGCCUUGGCUCUUAUUUUAAAUUGAAAGUCCUAUAGGGUCUGGAAACAGAAACUAUACUGGGCUUGGUACCUGCUUGAGACCCACAAAUGAAAGGGAGAUACAUGGGCAUUGAGGAGCUAUUCCUAUGCCAGUUUAUUCUGCAUGCACCAAAUCAUACAUGUGAAUAUCAGCAAUAUUUGUAGACCUCUUUUAAAUCUGGUAAUAACCUAAAUAUCUUGAUUGAUAGUUUUUAUUUAAAUAAGUGGUAAUUUAUUAUAUACUUGAAAGUAUAUAUUAAUAUAAUAUUGCAGAAAAUGAUUUUGGUAAUAUUACAGAUAAAAGUAUACAAAACUCAACUUGAUUUACCAUCAAGUCCUAAACAAUUUUCAGUCAGGCAUUCUGAGUUCUAACUUUUCCUUUUCUAAGAUAGCAAUUCUGAAGGGACAUGAACCAAAAUCUGAUUUGGUUCAUGAGCCUUAAUGUAAAUUUCUGAAGGAAAUAAUGCUUUUAAAAUCAGAAAUUUUAUCAGAAUCAAACUUAAAACCAUUUAGAGACAAGCAAAACAAUUUAGAAAAUUUCCAAACCAAACAUAAACCAAACCUGAAUUUAGUUCAGAGCAGGUUUGGGGUUUAUUUUGCAGUGACAGCUCUGUGCUUGAAAGUGAAGUUUGCUAAAAGGAUUUAGUAUGGUAGAAUCCCAGCUACACCCUCCACUCAUCAAGUGACGUGUUCAAGAGAAAAAACGACCAUGGAAUUCUGACUACAGUGAGACCAGAUCCCCAACACCUUUCCUACUGUUCUCCACCCUCUUAGGCUGCUGAUUAUGCUCCCUGGGUUCUAAGUUCAGGUGUAAUUACUUUUACAGAGAAACCAACAUAGUAAAAGAUUUUCAACAUAGGCGAAAAGAAGAUAGCAUGUAUAAUAAAAUGAUAAUUAGGAGGCAGGAGCCCUGUGAUUCAACCCACCACAGUUCAGUUUCCUUACCUGUAAAAUGAAGGUCUCUGCUUGACUGUGAUUCUAUGACUAUCAGUAGCAGCGGUGUAAGAUGCCACACUCUGGUGCCAGUUUUGGGUACCUGCCCAGGUGGAGGAAGGAUAAUUAACACUCAAGAGGCAUAAAUAUUUUGAAGGCAGUAUAACUGAUUAGAGACCAAUAAACAGAAUUGGUCUGAAAGCUGAAACAUUGGCUAGCUAGAAUGACCACUUAAUAAUAUUUAAGGAAAUGUUCAUGAAAUAACACAGCUUUUACCCAUGUACCUCCUCAAAUUAUAAUAAAUGUUAACAUGAAUGAAUUUAAAUGGUGGGCAGUAUUUUAGAGAAAUGUUAAGUCUCUGCAGGUAGCUAUCAGUGUUGAUUUUGGUGCUUAAUUUAUCACGGACUUGAGCUGUUGGAUGUAUCAGAAAUGUUAAAAAGCCUCUUCUCAAUAUUUCUGAAAGUCUAAGAAAUCAACAUUUUUGUUCUAGAAGCAAAUUUGCAUUUGUAAUAUUUCUUAAAAUGGUAUGACAGGUUAGCUCUACCUUUAGAAAGUAAAAAUAUCUUUUCCUAGGGAAUCUAGAAAAAUGAGAAUAGCAUAUUGUCUCACUGUGACAGGGGAAGUUGCUUAUUGAGAAAUUUGGUUCUUAUUCUACAUGGUGACAAUACAAUUGAUGCCUAUGUCAUGACAGCUUUAGAUUGGCGGGAAGGGGAGAAAAUUAUGAUGGUCAAAGUAAAAAAAAGUUCACAGCACCUAAAGUAGAAAUUUGGGGAAACAGUCUAACUUCAUUACAGACUUUACAUUGUAUCACUGAUAAGCAGAUAUUGUACUGUAUUGCUCACAAACCAUUUUAUCAUACUUCAGCAUAUGAACUCCAUAGCCUUUUAUAGAUGUUGCGUAAGCUGAUUUUAUAAGUUUUCUCAGUGACUUUCUUUUGUACUAUAAUUAAAAACUUAAAAUGUACAAAUUGUCUAAGACUAAAAAGUGUUAUUGGGCAGGGGCCAAGACUACCUCUGAAUUCAGUAAAAUCAGAAUAUUUCUGAUUCUCAAUAAAGAAUUAAUAUUUCUGUAAACAACAAAUGCUGUUUCUUUCCAUUACAUUACUUUGAAAACAAAUACACCAGUGUACAAAGUCCACAUACCAGAGAGAACUGAUUGCCAUCAAAUAAAGACCAAAUCUAAUGACCUUUUAUGAGGCAAUAAUAUUGCAAUAAUUCUUCAAAGCCCAGAGAGUCCUUCCAGAACAGUUUAUAUGAUAUAUACCCAUCCAAAUUACUUUGUGCCAUGGGGGAGAUAAUGGAUGAAGUGUGCCUACUGGCACAAAAAACAAACACUAAAAAAAUCACACAAAAAACACAUACCACAAACACACACACACACACAAAAUCUUUGGAAAAUUCCCAGUGCACACUGUAAAGGGUCUGAGAAAUCAAGCAGGAAAGAAAUGGAUUCCCCAAACAGACUCAGCCAUGGAACCAUUUUCUUAAAUAAUUUAGCCUAGUACCAUCUCUUUGAACUUAUAUAUCUAGAAAUUUUGGAAGAUGCUGG